GCGCGCGGGGGGAGCUGGGAAACUCCUCUCGUCCGCCACCAUCUUGCUUUCUUUCCAGCCGGCAGUGACCGAGGAUUAGAGCGAGCUUGAGCCAUGAAGCUACUAAGCAGAGCCGGGUCCCUCUCGAGAUUUUACUCCCUGAAAGUUGCUCCCAAAGUGAAAGCCACGGCCGCCCCUGCAGGAGUGCCUUCACAGCCUCAGGACCUUGAGUUUACCAAAUUACCAAACGGCUUAGUGAUUGCUUCUUUGGAAAACUAUGCUCCUGCAUCAAGAAUCGGUUUGUUCAUUAAAGCUGGCAGCAGAUAUGAGGACUCCAACAACUUAGGAACCUCUCAUCUGCUUCGUCUUGCAUCCAGUUUGACUACUAAAGGAGCUUCAUCUUUCAAGAUAACCCGUGGAAUCGAAGCAGUUGGUGGUAAAUUAAGUGUGACUUCAACCAGGGAAAGCAUGGCCUACACUGUGGAAUGCCUGCGGGACCAUGUUGAUAUUCUAAUGGAGUUCCUGCUCAAUGUCACCACAUCACCAGAAUUUCGUCGUUGGGAAGUGGCUGCCCUUCAGUCUCAGCUAAGGACUGACAAAGCUGUAGCUUUUCAGAAUCCACAGGCUCAUGUCCUUGAAAAUCUGCAUGCUGCGGCUUACCGAAAUGCCUUGGCCAAUUCUCUGUAUUGUCCUGAUUAUAGGAUUGGAAAAGUGACACCAGAUGAGUUGCAUUACUUUGUUCAGAACCAUUUCACAAGUGCGAGAAUGGCUUUGAUUGGACUUGGUGUGAGUCACCCUGUUCUAAAGCAAGUUGCAGAACAGUUUCUCAACAUGAGGGGUGGGCUUGGUUUACCUGGUACGAAGGCCAAGUACCGUGGAGGUGAAAUCCGAGAGCAGAAUGGAGACAGUCUUGUUCACGCUGCUCUGGUAGCUGAAAGUGCUGCCACAGGAAGUGCGGAAGCAAAUGCAUUUAGUGUUCUCCAGUAUGUUCUUGGUGCCGGACCACAUGUCAAGAGGGGCAGCAAUCCCACCAGCUCUCUGUACCAGGCUGUUGCCAAGGGAGUUCACCAGCCAUUUGAUGUUUCCGCUUUUAACGCCAGUUACUCGGAUUCUGGACUCUUUGGGAUUUACACCAUCUCACAGGCUGCUGCAGCUGGAGAUGUUAUCAAGGCUGCCUAUGGCCAAGUAAAAACGAUUGCUCAAGGAAACCUUUCCAACGCAGACAUCCAAGCUGCCAAGAACAAGCUGAAAGCUGGCUACCUAAUGUCAGUGGAGUCUUCUGAGGGGUUCCUGGAUGAAGUCGGGUCCCAGGCGCUGGGUGCGGGAUCAUACACGCCGCCAGCCACAGUCCUUCAGCAGAUAGACUCCGUAGCUGACGCCGAUGUCGUAAACGCUGCAAAGAAGUUUGUUUCUGGCCAGAAGUCAAUGGCGGCAAGUGGAAAUCUGGGCCAUACACCUUUUGUUGAUGAGUUGUAAUACUGAAACACAUCUUGCAGGGAAGAGCUGAACAUGUUCUCAACCCAGAGCAGCAAACACAUGAAAGUCAAAGAUCUCUAAUAGAACAUUUAUCUUUUUUUUUUUUUUCAAUGAGGUGAAAUGUCUUAACAUAUAAAUACAGGUAAUUAUCCCCAGCUGACUUAAAGUCAAUAAAACAUUCUGUUUAAAUGUUUUUCUUGCAUCUUUGCUAUUGGUAAUCAAGUAUUUAUUAUAUGUUGA